AUGCGCGUCCUUGUAGAGACUUCAAUCAAGAAGCCCAACUGCGACGUUCAUCAAAAUGCAAACAUACCCCCCCACGCCCUCUACGAAACAACGAAGAACGCUCAAAGCAAGCCCAAGCGACGUCCCAAGAAAUAUCGUGCAGUCGAACGCUCCGACGGUGUCAUUGUUGAACAUCCUCGCUAUCGCCCCGCAACUUUACAACAAAAACCAUUAUCGCAGUCGCAUCCCCAGAGGGCUUUUCUGCUUGACCAUACGUUUUCAUCCAAAGAGAUGAAAGACGCGAAGUCUAGCAGGAUGACGUAUGACCUCCUGGGUGUUGGGUGUUUCGGGAGCGAUGCGAUACAUAGAGGGCAUUACGAUACGGCAAAGAUAGGAAGAGGAGACUUCUGUGGAGCGGAACAUAAUCAGUGGACAUUUGUUGGGAUUGAAAUGUAUACCUCUCAACGACGGAGUUUUGUCGGAUCAGAACCAAUCGAUCGUUUUCUCUGUGAAUCGGGGCCUUGGAGCUCAUGUACUCGAAGAGAGGGGGAAAUGUAG